GUCAGUCUGUCGGGUAACCGGUCGGUCUAGCGUUUCUCGCUUUCCGUUCCUUGUGCCACCGUAGACUUCUUCCUCUUCUUCUUCUUCUUCUUCUUCUUCUUCCUCUUCUUCGUUUUCUUCGUCGUCUUCUUCUUCUUCUUCUUCUACUUCUUCUUCUCCAUUAUAUCCAUAACAUCGCCGCGGAUUUUAUUCGAUUUUCGUCGUUAUUUUCCCAACAAAGUGUCCGUGCUUCGAAGAAGCGACAAAAGGCAACGUGUUGACUGUUCUCUCGCGGGAUAUUCUACCACGAGAGGAGAGGGGGGAGAGAGAGAGAUAGAUAGGUAGAUAGAUAGAUAGAUAGAUAGAUAGAGAGAGAGAUAGAGAGAGAGAGAGAGGGGUGAAGUGGUCUCCGAUCGGUGAAGACGCUCUAAAUGCUUUCGAUCGUAGGAUCGACGAGCGUUCAUCGUCCGUAGAGUGCCAAAGAUCGUCUUGUGCAAAAUCGCGAGAGAAAAUUAUUUUACCCAGUUGAAACUUGAAUGCGUUCGUCGAUUUGCAUCGUUCUCGGAGACGCGGCAUGUUCAAAAGCAUCGAAGAGAUCGCAAAGAGAUCGUUUGCAUCGUCCGAGGAGGAUGUCAACGACAUCGGGCGGGGGUGGAUUCGUUGAGGACUCGAAAAAGAAUCAAAGGGAAAAGUGAGAUCUUUCGAGAGGCCAAGAAGGUGGCAAACGUAAGGACAAGUAGGUACCCGUCGAGGUGAUGUUGCUGGAGUCGCGAAGCUUCGACGGUAGGAAGAGAAACGGACUGACACUGACUUCGUUCGUGGGUGGAGACGGUGGUCGGAGCGGAGGAGGAGGUGGAGCAGAAGGAGGAGGAGGAAGAGGAGGAGGAGGAGGAGGAGGUGGAGGAGGAGGUGGCGGCGGCGGCAGCGAGGAGGACGACGAGGAAUCGAGGCAUCAUCGCGUCUUUCUCGGUAGGAAAAUGCAGGGCGAAAGCGCCGCCGCCUCCGCGGUACCUACCGGAAUUUCUGGCAUUUCCGGAUGUACCAGAGACGACACCGACGACAGCUCGAGUACCUCGCCCAAUGGCAGUCUCCUCAACAACAUCAACAAUAACUGCAAUUCUAAUCGACAAUGCGCUACCGACUUCAGCAUCGCGGCCAUCAUGGCCAGAGACUCGAGGCAACAGCAGCAGCAACAGCAGCAGCAGCAACAACAACAACAAUCUCAAUCUCAAUCUCAAUCUCAGUCUCAAUCUCAAUCGCAUUCUCAGCAACAGAGUCAGCAGCAGCAGCAACAACAACAACACCAUCAUCACCAUCACCAUCAUCAUCAUCAUCAUCGGCACUCUCAGCAGCAGGCCGUCGGCGGCGGCAAGCUUCAUCAACACGAAAGGGAACCGAGCGGUUCUGGUGUCGUCCGUGGACCACCGUCGGUCCAGGAAUCGAUCAACGCCGAGGACGAGCAGGAAACGGAUGACGCCGGAAGUACGAGCGGCAAGGGAGCCUCGCCCGUUAAUCCGUUGCUUCAGGAACGAUGGAAUUGCGAGGAGCUCAAGCACGUCGUUUGUCAUCUGGAAACCAAAGAUCUUUGGGAUAAGUUCAACGAGCUAGGCACCGAGAUGAUCAUCACCAAGACCGGAAGGCGGAUGUUCCCGACCUGUCGCGUCUCCUUCAACGGACUAAAGGCGGACAGCCGAUACGCGGUCCUAAUGGAUAUCGUGCCGGUGGAUAACAAGAGGUACCGGUACGCUUAUCACAGAAGCUCGUGGUUGGUAGCAGGGAAAGCCGAUCCACCGGCGCCCGCUCGGCUUUACGUCCACCCCGAUUCACCGUUCACCGGCGAGCAACUUCGCAAGCAGGUCGUCUCCUUCGAGAAAGUCAAGCUCACGAACAACGACAUGGACAGGCAAGGCCACCUGGUGCUGAACUCGAUGCACAAGUACCAGCCGAGGAUCCACCUGGUGAAGAGGCCGGAUUCGGGCACGGCGAAACCCAUCGUUGAUCUCGAGAAGGAGUCGUACAAGACCUUCAUAUUCCCGGAGGCCAUAUUCACCGCUGUCACCGCCUAUCAGAAUCAGCUCAUCACCAAAUUGAAGAUCGACAGUAAUCCCUUCGCCAAAGGCUUCCGGGACUCUUCUCGUUUGACCGACUUUGAGAGCUUCCCUUUCAGGGAAACGAUGGAGUCGAUGUUGGCGGAGCAGCAAUCGUUGAGGUUUCCGCAUCGAUUGCCCUUCGAGAUGGAGCAAUUACAGGCCGGUGCCGUUAGCAAUCUCAGUCUCGAGGAGAAGGCGCUGUGGGCCGCGCGCUCGCAAAUGUUGCUCAGAGCCGCCGCCGCGGUGGCGAUCAGUCCUUACGCUCAGCUGGUGAGUCCGUCUCUGGUGUAUCCCGGUGCGACCGGUGCGUCGGCCGCUACCACCGCCGGUACGAGUCACCAUCACCAACAGCAGCAGCAGCAGCAACAGCAGCAGCAACAGCAACAACAGCAUCACCAGCAGCAACAGCAGCAACAGCAGCAGCAGCAACAGCAGCAGCAGCAACAGCAACAGCUCGGCCAUCUAUGGUGGACGUCUUCGAUAGGGCCGACGCUCUUCGCGGCCGCUCAUCACCACCAGCAGCAGCAGCUGGCGGCCUCGAGCUCGCAGCAGGGUUCGGUCGGUGGUCCAGCCGCACCUAGACCUCUCUAUCCGUCGGCGUUGGCGCUGGCGCAUCAUCGAUUCUCACCUUAUCACGCGGCGAGCACACCGAAAUCGGCGACGCCGGCAGCGCCCUCGCCCUCGCCCUCGCCCUCCCGAAGGGCCACACCCUCGCCGACGGACAGUCUCAGCAGAGAGGCACAGGAUCUUUCGCCCUCGUAGUCGGAACCUCCUGCGAAACACGGACGACUCUCUCGCAUCUUCCGCCGCGUAAGCUCUGCAAGCUCCUCGCAUCCGAACGUUUCUCCGUGGGUCGUGCGCUGUGCCGUUCUGCGACUCGUUUCCUCCUUUUUUUUCUCUUUGUCUCUUUUCCAAACAAGACGCUGACGCAGGUGCAAAGAGAGGAAGAAAGUUUAAAAGUGCGUGUUAAAAUACCUGGACGAGUAAUCGUUCGUGUGCCGCGAGAGACGCUGAAAGGCCGUCAAGUUUGGAAGACGAUGGACGCCCGAUCCGAGGCAACGACGCGUAUGGUAGUAUGGUAAUUGUGGUGGCAAAGGUCCCAUUGGGACCACGCGAGACGUGCGACUCCGAGUCCGCCGGACGAAAGGAGGAGAGAGGAGAGAGAGAGAGAGAGAGAGAGAGAAUGAAGUCUUCUCGCGCGACCCAUGACCUAUUCUAAGAAUGCUGGCAACCGUGGAGGAUUUCUUUCUUGAUUCUCGUCGAAUGACUAGUCGUUUUCCGUUUCUCUCACGCGUCGACUUUUUACUUUACGUUCUGUCUACGUAUCAACCUUUUUCAUAUCAUCGAUCUCCUCGGUCACUGCUGAAACGCCUUUAUCUUUUCUAACGACGAAACGCUGAAAGGAACGUGGUCUUCUCUUUUGAAAGAACUUUACUAUCUUUAUCGUUUCGUUUGACGGAUAUAAAUAGCAACUUGUUCGAAACUCACUCGACACAGGAAUGCGUUCGUCCAUCCAUGAAUUUUAUUAAUAAUUUUAUCUUUCCUCGACUCUCUUGAUAAAAAGAGGUUCGUAUGUGAGACAAAAUGGGUGAAGGGACGAGAGGACGACGAUAUCGUAUUAAUCACGCACGGAACAAUUUAUUACAUUGUAAAUAUGUAUUCCUUAUAAUUUUAAAAUAACGAUAUAAGCCAAAAUAAUGCGUAGGUAUAUUCAUAAAGGAUACGUUGUACGACGGCAUCCGCAUAUAUGCGACACACAUGUAUAUACAAUGUCACACACACACACACACACACA